AGUCAUGAGACGAUUCAGAUAUUUUCAGGGAAAAUGACUAGAUUAUUAGCUCUGUUGCAAAAAACAGUUUUUCUAGCGGGAUUUUUAAGUUUAGGGCUAUGUUAUAAGCCUGUUAUUAUAAUUCAUGGAAUACUUGACCAUGCUUUUGAUCUGAACGAUUUAGCAAACUUCAUACGAUCGUCACAUCCUGGUACAAAUGUCACUUUGAUCGACAUAUUCGAUGAACUCCGAAGUUUUACGCCGCUAUGGAGGCAGAUUGAAGGAUUUACAGAAAAAGUCCGUCCUGUAAUGCAACACGCUUCAGAUGGAGUACAUAUCAUUGGAUUUUCACAAGGUGGACUGAUGGUCCGUGGAAUGCUCGAGACAAUGCCAGACCACAAUGUUAUCAACUUUGUAAGCUUGUCAGCUCCGCAAUUGGGACAAUAUGGAGAUUCUUCAUACCUCAAACCAUUUCUUCCUAAGGUUGCUUUAAAGGACCUUUACAAGUUUUUCUACACAGGUUAUGCCCAACAACAUAUUUCCAUUGCUAAUUAUUGGAAUGAUCCAUUCCACCAACAAAUAAACCUGGACAUAAAUGUAUUCCUGCCUGUCAUCAACAACAACAGGUCUUCAUUCAAGUACAAUAAGCAAGAGUGUGAACAACGCAAGAAAAACUUCUUGAAAAUAAAGAAUCUGAUCUUGAUUGGUGGGCCUGAUGAUGGCGUCAUAACUCCUUGGCAGUCAAGUCAAUUUGGAUCAUAUCAGGAGAAUAGUAGUCAAACUAUUGUACCAAUGGAAGGACAGGAGUUUUUCAAGCAAGAUUCUUUUGGCCUCAAGACUCUCAACGACAGUGGACGUAUCCAUASCUACACUUUUAGUGGUAUACGCCAUGUACACUGGCAUGGAAACAAACAGGUUUUUGACAAAGCUAUAGAGCCAUGGCUAACAUAAAUAAUCAUUAAUAUAAAUAAACCUCCCCUGGAAGUAUUCAAACUGUUUACAAUUCAACAGUAAACACUUUACUGGUACAAUUUAGCUAAAAGCAUUAUUUUCAUUUUUGUAUAUUUAUUAUAUCCAACAAAAUUAUUUUUCACAGGAAAUCUUUAAUAAUCAAAUCUUUACUAAUUUUUUUAUUAUGACUGGAGAUUAAAAUAAGCAUCCAUAUWAAAAUAGGAACCAGGAGAAUAAAAAUAUCAUAUUUCUGUAAGCCGACACAAGGUUCCUGUGUAUAUAGCUAUUUCCAAUUGAGGUAUUCUCAUUUAAUUGCCCAUUAAAAGCAGUCAAUGCUGUCAAUACACCUUUUCAGUUGCUCUUAGGCCUCGACAACAUGUUAAAUAUUCUUUAGAAUUUGUAGGAAUGUGAGCAAUUCACACAUUGAUAUGAAAAGUCUUAAUUAGCAAAUUGAAAAGAAUAAUUAACUUGCUAUCGAGGCCUAAGAGCAACUGAAAAGGUGUAUUCCAUAAAAUUAUAUGUUCUUCCAUGGCAUUUGGUUUGUCCAUGGUAUUUAGCACUAAACGAUUAAAUAUUUYCUAGCAUAAUGCUUACAUAAAGGUUACAAAAUUGAAUAUUUAAAAUAAUAUAUAUUUUUAAUGAGAAAAGUAUUGAGCACAUGAUAACAUUGCAUGGCUAUUUUAAAAUUGCAGCUAGGAAGAGUCAUAAUAAAAACUGAACAACUAGCAUAAGUUUUUAAUGAGAACGCGCGCGCUAAUUUAAAAUACUUUUUCAACCCRUUAACUUACGCGUGCAAACCAUUUGUUACCACAAACUGAGGAAGGUCAGAGUUCUGACCAAAACGUCUGCGUUAUCAUUAAAAACUUAAGCUAGUGAAWAAAUACUUUUGUUCAGUUUUUAUUACAUUGCAUGGCUGUUUGAAUUGUAUUUUUUGGACUGAUGUUAACACUUUUUAUCCUUUAUUUCUGUGUAUAAAUCACAUCAUGUUUUUCUUAACAUGUAUUGAAAGUACUUUUACUGUUAUAAAUAAAAUGAUUUUUUUUUCAUAACACUUUUACUAGGA